GAAAGAGCAAUUCUUAUACGCUUUCUAAGUUCUAAACAUAGAUCUUGUUUAUGGCUUCUUGGAAAAAGACUAUUACCACUCCUUUUAGAAAAGCUUGUACCUUUUUCAAUCAACAACCCAGGGAUAAGAAAUCAUCCCAGCAAGAACAUGAGAAGAGAGUGAUGGAUCUGCAUGGGGAGGUGAUGGCAUGUGGGUAUGAGGAUGUGCAAGUGAUGUGGUCGAUUCUUGACAAAUCCAGGUCCACACCCUGCAACAUGACCUCAUGAUCGUGGCUAAUUAAGGUACAUCAGGGCAUUGAAUUCUGGAUAAUGGGUCUGUAGAUAUGAUGUGCCAAGUUUAGAUAUUUGCUUGCUACAUGGAGGCUCAAGUACUGGGAUGUGGCAGCAAGACUAGAAUCAAGAAAAAAAUCCAUGGCAGAUGUUUCUUUUCUUUCUUUCUUUUUUUUUUUGUUUUUGGCUUUUUGUUGGGGCGGGGAGGGGGGUGUUAAGAUGCCCAUCUGGUGUUUCAGUGAUGGUGGCAGAUGAAGUUUGUAAUUUCUGGAGUCUUAAUUAAUUAAGACUUUGUUA